AUGACGGGAGAAAACUACGACAUCGAUUCCUUCUUGGAUCUCAGUGGUGGUCUAUCUGACUCUAAUAACAACCGCCCUUCAUCGACUGGCAGUUCGACGGUCUUCCCAGAAGCCCCCCACCUUGCUUUAAAUCAAUCCUUCUCUGGCCCUUCGCAUCAAUAUGAAUUACAUACCCAACAGACGGGUUUACUGCCUUACUCAAUAAACUUCUCGGAAUCCUCAUCCCCUAAUAGAUCUCCCAACCAGGCCCCUGUGUCUGUAUCACCAAAUGAUCUUGGUGGUAUGGGUUUCGGUGGGAUGGAUCUCGAGAGCACCGACAUGUUCUCUAUGCCUUCGUUCUUCCCGGAGUCUUCCUUUGAUAACGACUUUGUAGACCCCAGCGACGUUAAUUUCGGAGGUCAGGAGGUCGAUAUCGAUGCCCUUGCUGGCAUCAAGACCGAGCGAUCCACAUCCACAUCUUCCAUCGCAUCUUCGAGUCAUGGGAAGAAGAAGGGAUCGACAGCACCGGACGCAGCAACAGAAGAGCGCAUUCGUCAGAUACUCGAGGAUGUAAAGAGAAAAGCCCUCUCAUCCCAAGCCAGCAUCGAGGAAGACUCGAUGAUGCCCCAGAUUGCUCGCUUAAAGAAGGACGAGGAUGAUAUGGACGAGGAUGAGAGGCUUCUUGCCAGCGAAGAAGGAAAGAAGUUGAGUAGCAAAGAACGCCGACAACUUCGAAACAAAGUUUCCGCCCGUGCUUUCCGAAGCCGAAGAAAGGAAUACAUCAGCCAGCUCGAAACCGAGGUAUCCAACAAAUCCACCGAGAAUGUCGACCUCAAGAAGAAGCUUAACGCCGUGGAAGCGGAGAACAAGUCCCUCAAGGAACUUACCCGAAUGCUUCUGGCAUCCCCCCAAUUCGCAUCUUUCUUGGAUCAAAUGAAUCCACUCUCAGCUGCCAACAUGACUGCCUUCGCAGCCGGAAGCGGCCCUCAACAGAACUCCCUGCAAGAGAACAUCACCGUCCACCGUGCUUCUGUUCCACAUAUCCAAAUCCAACAAGCACCCCCUCCUGUUAUGCACGAUUUCCAAGUUCCAACGUACAUCCCACCUCAUCAGCAAUUCUUGAACACUUACAACCCCCGCAAGGAUGUCAACCCCAAUAGACAGUCCGGUGUUGAAGAGUGGCCUCUUGCUUAUGCUGCUCCUGGGUCCUGGGGUGGUCAACCCACUGUUUACACUGCGGAAGUCCCAGAAAUCAUCGCUGAUGCAAAUGAGCUUGUUGGCAAAGAUAUUAUGGACGAUUUGUAUGCCCCCGCCGAUGGCUUCCGCCCUGGAUCUUACAAGCCAACCCUCAAGGCCGAAAAGGAAGAGACUCAGCCAGACUUCUCAAACUCCUACGAUAGCAACGGUCAAUACAUCUUCGAUGUGUUUGAAGAUGAGCUCGAGGCUGUCCCGGACUAUUUGUACAGCCACUUUGAUAUCCAUACCCCGCUCUCCGAGAAAGAAGAACCCAAGGCCGAACCCAAGGCCGAGGAAAUUCUACCAGCUCUUGGCCUUGAAACCCUAUUCACUAUUCUUGAAAGCCAGUUCUUCCCAGAAUUGCCCCAGAAUACUGAGGCUGAGGAUUCUACUGUUGAACAACCCGCCACUGAAACUUGCCGUGAUCCCGAGCUCACCAAAACUCUUCGCUCGAUCGAGACAACAUAUCAUAAAGUUGGGGCACUCUGCGGUCUAUAA